AUGGCGAACGCAGCAACAGCAGCAGCACCGGCGAGGGUGCCGACCCCUCUCCUGCAGAAAUUGAAAGUCCCAGCGAAGACGGCUGCGACGAGCGACCCCGCUAGCGCAGCACCGACGACGACUCCAACGACGGUCAAGGACAGCCCAGUCAAGGCGCAGCAGCCCCGACGAACCGCGGCAGCAACAUCUCGCACCGCGCCGGUCGCCAACGACCCGCUUUCGGACCGAGCAACGACGCUCUUGAUCCGACGCGCGCUCUGUCCACAGCAGCAGCAGCAGCAGCAACAUCAACAACAACAACAACAACCGCACCAUCACCCGAAGCAGCCGCCGCCUCCGAUCGAGUCGGUGCUGCCGCCGCUGACGAGCCGGAACGAUGUCGACCUGCAGCUGUACGCCAUCAUAGCCAUCGUGCUCCGCGAGUUCGUCCAGAGCUGGUACGCCAAGAUCACCCCCGAUGAGGAUUUCGUGGCCGAGAUCCUGCUCAUCAUUGCACACAUUACGCGGGCCCUGGAGCAGAGGAUCAGGAAGGUUGAUCUGGAGAGUUUAUUGUUUGAUGAGCUACCAGAGUUACUGGAUAGGCACGUUACAGCGUAUCGGGCGGCCCAUCAGCCAAUAGUGCAACCCCCACUACAGGCCAACCCUCGGGAGAUUUAUCAUUCGCUGUGGCCGACGCCCGCACUGUCUCCAACGCCUAACCAGGAUGGGACCGAGUCCGAGGAGCGCCUGGCUGAGAACGAGGCCGCAUAUCGUCACUUAUUGGUUCAAGGGGUACUCGCGGUUCUUUUGCCCACCGAGGACCUCGAGAAUCCGUGUCUGACGGCGCUGGUUGGGCAGAUCAUCUCGGAGCUGAUCAUCGGAGGGGUGGUCGCAAAGAAGGCGUCGGAACCGUGGAUGUUGUACGAGGGCUUUUGUAUCUUGGCUCGAGUGGCGGGCAGGAAGUCAAGCUCGCCACCCUCCGAGAGCAGGACCAAGGUCAACGACAACACAGAUCCGCUGAUGAAAGGAUCUAGACCAAGCUGGGCACAUUCAAUCCGGCAGUUGUUUUGGUCUGUGGUGCAGCUAGGUUUCUUUGCGUUCACCAUCAUGCGCAGUCUAAUAACCACCACCACAACAUACCGCUCAGUACCCUCACGGUUGGGAGCUGCCAGUGGAUGGUCGGUUAAAGGGGUGGCACUCAGCCAAGGUCCAGCAGCUGAUACCGCAAAAUCAUCGACACCUUACGAACCCCUGGCACAGAUGAGCACUAAUAAGGUGCCGUUAUUAGCCUUCAGGAUUUGGCCGACAGUAUCCAAUCUCAUCGAGUUGGAUUCGCGCAUGCCUUGGCUCAGUGGAGGCCUAUCGCUCCUCCAGUGGCUGGCAAUGACGGGUCCUGGCCAGUUAGCUGGUCUAGAUGGCCCUGUUGACAGGUAGGCUGAAAUCUUAUGUUCUAAUCGCCCCCUUUUGAUCCAUCAUAUUUUGAUCCAUCAUACAUUGCUGGUCACUCUUUCACGUUCAUUCACUGUCACAUCUUCACUCUCUUCAUUUAAUCCACGAGGGCUUCGCCUCAUGGUUGCAUAAGCCGUGCAUGAGCUUCAAGUCACUGGACCUGCUCACGGUUCUAGUCAAUCCGUGCUUACUCUACAUACACCCUUCAUUUACCCUAUACGCUAUUGCAUAUACGCGGUGUUUUACUUGUUAUCGCCUGCACACCCUCCACCUACACAGCACCACCACCUUAACUUAUGCCGUGAAGCAAGUGUGCCCUGCGCCAUGGGGGGGUGGGUGGUUACAUAUCAGUCAAAUCAAGAUUGAUAACGAAGUCUGAAGAAGUCAGUUGUUUGUGGACCUAUCCAGUCCCAAUCAGAAGCCACCCCAGAUAUACCCUAAUGAUUCCGUCAUGUUUUAUUUGUUCUUGAUUCUUUGGAUUCUUUCGUGGAUGGGCUUGUUGCAGACCGUCAGCGCGGUAAGGCCACAGCUGUCCAAUGCUAGGGUUUCAAACGGCUAAAGUGGUCAUGUACGAUGUCGACGCCCGCCCCUCUUAUGGCUGCAGUGCAACACGGCACCACAUCGGGGAGAAAGGCUGCGGCCGAAUCGGUGGCCUUGACCAUCUCCAAAGACCGUGCGUCCGGGCAAUUGUGCAUCGUGACUUUCCUCUUUUGAUGGGUGGUGUGUGGGAGAGAAAAACACACUUCUUUCUGGGCUCUGGGGAUGAGAUGCUGGGCCGAGUGGGGCGCGGAAUUUACUAUGCUUCCAGUACAACCCAGCAGCUGACCAAUGGCGCACUCGCGGACGAGAAAUGUGAACUGCAAGAUGCAGGUUGCCAAGAGGAUCGGGGUGGGUGGGGACCCGCCUUGCCUGGCUUCGUCCAUCCGGGAGCUUUCUCUACGCGCCUAGAGCUCUGAGGGGGUGGGCGUGAUCCCCCUUUAGUUUCCCAUCUCUGGUUCGCGAAUGCAGAGUGCAGGGAUCUGCCCGAGGGCAUCGCAGCAGUAGCAACAGCCACAGCAAAGGAAAAAAAAAAAAUUGCUUGCUUCCCUUCUCUUGGUUGGCCGCAUGCCUUGGCAGGAAAACAGCGGUACCACAUGUGCUUGUCAAGCGACAGGCCACUUUUCUCCCCAUAAUCCAAGCCAUUAUUUCAUCCUGUCGAUGCGCUUGUCGCAGGGUGAAGACGAUGAUGUCUCUCGCCCCAUUACCAUAUCCCCCUGCAGGUCCAACAAGUCGCUGCCGUCUUAUCUGCCGCCCUGUGUCGCAUUGUGCUUUAAGCAAAUUGUUUCGCCUUGGGUUUGUCAGCCAUGCAGGCUCUAUAUAACGUCAGUCACACCAGAGCCGGCCGGCCAUUGUAGCCAAAUCCGGACCUUGGGCGAGCCAGAUCGGCAGUUUGCGUUGCAGCGCACAUAGUAGAUGGGCAAGUGAUACUAUCAGAAACUGUGCUGCUUCCUGCCCCCUCGUCCCAUGCUUGCUGGUACCCUUAACAUGUGCUACCUACCCUACUACCCCUUAGCAGGAUAUGGUCCCCGCCUGGCAUGCGCGUACCCCAAAAAAAAAAAAAAAAAAAAAAAAGGUAUCCCCUGCUCUUCACACUGGUUACCUGAAAUCGCUGGUUCAGAGAUACCUGCUGGCAGUCUGUCUUCUCAUCGGCUGCAUUUGGGGGCUACUGCUCUUCUCCCUCUAGCACCCAUCCACUAACAGUACUCCCCAAUGCCGCAACAUCCGUUACUUGUUGCGAAGCCAAAUUUAACAGCGGACGAUGUUGACAAUCCUUCUCCUUUCGUCAUGACCGACCCAAAUCCUUUUGCAGCCCAACCCACGUACCAAGUCAAAGCUCCUUUCCCAAGCUAUCUCCCGCCAUGUGCUGGACCCCAGCCAGUUCCCCACUAUCCUGCGCACCCUCCGCGGCGUACUGUUCCCCAACAACGCCAUGGGCAAGUCGUCCUUGACCCCGCCGGCUAACGACGAGGAGCUACGCCUUCUGAGGCUCCGCUGCGCCGCUUCGCUGUAUGCUCUCAUCCCAAGGCCGUUGGCCAAGCUGUAUUUUGGCAAAAGUGGGAAAUCGAAUGUUGGCGGCCGCGUCGACAGCAGCCGACCCCCUACGCGGUCCGUACCGAUGGCCAAGUUCUCCUCACCGCCUCAGAAGACCAGCUCUUCAGCAGAUGACUCUCGUGACCGUCCCACGGGCGCUACGAUCCCUGCUCUUGCAUCAGCAUCGGAAUCGAACGCAGCAGAGACCAACCGGGCUGCAGCCCCCACCGGCUGCGGUCCACCACUUGGUCACUCAGACGCCGAGGAUGAGCGCGCAGUGGCCGAGCUCGAUGCGGAUUUGUUGGACGUCUUUUCCGACGCAUAUUGCAACAAGCAUCUGAUGUACGGCAUCGUAGAGUUGAUCCUCGUACGUCUCGUUCCUGAACU